GCGCGGGAGCCCGCCUGGCGGACGGAGUGGUUCCUUCCCCGCUCCGUCUCCUUCGCAGGAUUCAGAGAACAGGAGUGGUUCAUGUCCAGAGUGAAGACGUGCUCCUUGACACUUCUGUCUUACAUCUCAUCUGAUGCAGUGGGGUCCAAGGGAUGUACCAGUCUUCAGACGAUGGAAGUGGGAAAAUCACUGGGUGCUGGAGCACCAUGAGGAGAAUUCAGGAAUGUGGGAGAUGUGCAUCAAAGCAGCUACUGGAUUAUUGUGCCAACAAGUAGUAAAACAAGCACAUUCACAGGAAUGAUUACUCUGUUGCCUUGGAAAUGAAGUGACUACCCUGCUGCUGUAAAUGUAGGGCAGAAGAUCAAUGGUGUGGGCAGUAUGGAGCUAAUGAAUGGGCAGUCGAGCAAUGUUAAUAUUGCCGCUACUGCUUCAGAGAAGAGUAGCAGCUCUGAAUCCUUAAGUGACAAAGGUUCUGCUGAACUGAAGAAAAGCUUUGAUGCAGUGGUAUUCGACGUUCUUAAGGUUACACCAGAAGAAUACGCCGGUCAGAUAACACUAAUGGAUGUCCCAGUAUUUAAAGCUAUUCAGCCAGAGGAAUUGUCAAGUUGUGGGUGGAAUAAGAAAGAGAAGUACAGUUCUGCUCCAAAUGCAGUUGCCUUCACAAGAAGAUUCAACCAUGUAAGCUUCUGGGUCGUUAGAGAGAUUCUUCAUGCACAAACUUUAAAAAUAAGAGCUGAAGUUUUGAGCCACUAUAUUAAAACUGCUAAGAAACUUUAUGAGCUGAAUAACCUGCAUGCCCUUAUGGCAGUGGUGUCUGGAUUGCAAAGUGCCCCCAUCUUCAGGCUGACUAAAACUUGGGCGUUAUUGAGCCGAAAAGACAAAACUACCUUUGAAAAGUUGGAGUAUGUUAUGAGUAAAGAAGAUAAUUACAAACGACUUAGAGACUAUAUUAACAGCUUGAAGAUGACUCCUUGUAUUCCUUAUUUAGGUAUUUAUCUCUCUGACUUGACGUAUAUUGACUCCGCAUACCCAUCUACAGGGAGCAUUCUGGAAAGCGAGCAGAGAUCAAAUUUAAUGAACAACAUACUUAGAAUAAUCUCAGAUUUUCAGCAGUCCUGUGAAUAUGAUAUUCCUCUGUUGCCUCAUGUCCAAAAAUACUUGAACUCAGUUCAAUACAUAGAAGAGCUACAAAAGUUUGUGGAAGAUGACAAUUACAAGCUUUCAUUAAAGAUAGAGCCAGGAACCAGCACCCCUCGUUCUGCUGCUUCCAGAGAAGAUUUAGUAGGCUCUGAAGUGGGAGCAUCUCCACAAAGUGCACGGAAAAAUGUUGCAGCUGAAGGAGCAUUGCUCCCACCAACUCCCCCAUCACCUAGGAACCUGAUACCACAUGGGCAUAGGAAAUGUCACAGCUUGGGAUACAAUUUCAUACACAAAAUGAAUACAGCAGAGUUUAAAAGUGCAACAUUCCCCAACGCAGGACCAAGACACCUAUUGGACGACAGUGUCAUGGAACCUCAUGCCCCAUCCAGAGGGCAAGCAGAGAGCUCCACCCUUUCGAGUGGAAUUUCAAUAGGUAGCAGUGAUGGUUCAGAACUUAGUGAAGAGACUUCAUGGCCAGCAUUUGAAAGGAACAGAUUAUACCAUUCUCUCGGUCCGGUGACAAGAGUGGCACGAAAUGGCUAUCGAGGCCACAUGAAGGCCAGCAGUUCUGCAGAAUCUGAAGAUUUGGCUGUUCAUUUGUAUCCAGGAGCAGUUACUAUUCAAGGUGUUCUCAGGAGGAAGACUUUAUUGAAGGAAGGCAAAAAGCCUACCGUAGCAUCUUGGACAAAAUACUGGGCAGCACUGUGUGGAACCCAGCUUUUUUACUAUGCUGCAAAGUCUCUGAAGGCUACAGAGAGAAAACAUUUCAAAUCUACACCAAGUAAAAAUGUGUCAGUGGUAGGAUGGAUGGUGAUGAUGGCUGAUGACCCAGAACAUCCUGAUCUCUUCUUGCUGACUGAUUCUGAAAAGGGAAAUUCAUACAAGUUUCAAGCUGGUAACAGAAUGAAUGCAAUGCUGUGGUUCAAACAUCUGAGCGCUGCCUGCCAAAGCAACAGACAACAGGUUCCUGCCAACUUGAUGUCUUUUGAGUAAAAAGCUAAUUCAAAACAUGAAAGAGAACAAUUUGAUGAACUGUUUCUCAUAAUUU